GCGAUUGUUUACAGAAAGAAACGAAAGAGGCUCCGAAGUUUGCAAAACUCGACAUGGCAUGUGCCAGUUUUACCUAGAAUGAAGACAACACUAGCUGUUUACAAGGUGAGGGGAUCCAGGUGAGUAAAAAGGGAUUUUAAUAUCCAAGACAUCGCCAUGGGGAUGGAAGAAGAGUUUGAAGCCAUCUUUAAUCUUCUUGACCCAAGUUGCCGUGGUUACAUUGACUCUGAGCAGCUUCAGGAGUUCCACAAAGCGUUUUACUUCACGCCAAUAAAUGCUGAUCAAGUGGAAGCAACAAUACAUCAGGUGUGUAAUGGGGGAGACAGAUGUCCUAAAUUCUGCUUUCUCGAUGUCCUGUUUGAGCUUGAGAGACGUCGGACCAUCGAGGAGAGAGCCUGGUGGGACUUCCAAGCCCUGGAUUUCCGCGGGGGACACCGCAUCCCGCUCAGAGACGCCCUGGUCCUCAUGAAGGCCACGCACCAGGACAAGUUCACCAUGAUGACCUGGCAGAUGUUCAUGGAGUCUAGAGAGAUGUCCAACGACGACGUCACUUUCAACGAGAUUCGGAUUUGGCUGUGUAACCCUCCGCUUCAGGCGGCUGAGGAAUGUGGGCUGAGGGACAUUGUCGCUGCAGGGGAACAACUGAGCCGGGCGAGGAGGAAAUCAGAUUUCCAGAGUUAUAAGGACUUUGCUGCUCUGCAGGAGGAUGAUUUUUCCCAGACCCUAGAGGCUCAGAACAGGCACCAGUAUCAAGAUCAGUUCCGCAGAAAGUCCAGACGCAAGCUCAACAGAUGGGUGAACCUUGGGGUCGAGGCGUUGAUCUUUGACGAUGGCCAGGACUACGAGGUAGAUUAUAAGAUGCGGAAUCGCGUCACUGUCCAAGACCUUAUGGAGGCACUGGAACAAAAAUAUGACAUCCUCAGGGAGAAGCUGCUCUGGGAGGCUGUCAAGAAACAUAUCGGUGUGUCCAUCUGGUCGUCAAUGUCCGAAGGCGAGCAACAGGAGCAAGUCCUCCGCGUCCAGAUGAAGGAGCACCACCUGAGACGCACUAAGGACCUGGAGCAGAUUCAACGUCUCGUCAUCUCCUACCAGCAUUACGACUCUCGCCUCGUUGCCAUGAUGGGAUGCUUACGCAGCGAGUUUGAACGCCAGGCCAUGGACCAUCAGAGCAAAGUGGCCAUGCUUCAGGCCGACGGCAAGACGGAGGAUGAGAUUUAUGAGAUAUUUUCAAACGAGAAUGCUCAGAAAGUGCAAGGGGCAACAACCUGCGGGCAGCUCCUCAUCGAUCUCCACAAGAGACACGAGAAAGAGCGCGAAUUCCUCCUCUCCGUUCUCAAAAUGGGAAACCGGAGGGCGUUGACCUCGGCAGAGAUGAUCACCGAGUACUCGUCACUGGCCGCAGAGCAGCUGAUUGCUUCGUAUGAAGGGGAGUCGUUUGAGUAUUCAUCAAUGGCAACUGGACUCGCUGAACGUCCACAGCAGUAUAUAACCUCUAGCUUUGAUAGUGACAGAGAUCUGGAGGAGUUGCUGGCCCUGGAGAGAUUGCACCAGAGGAAGGGUAAGAAACCACCGAAGGUGACCGACGAUGACGGCCAUCUGAUCGGCAAGAAUCGAGGUGUGGUGGCGUGGCAGGUGGAAGUAGUCAGGCAGCUCCUGAAGAAACACAACUAUGAAAGAGAGAUUAUUAUUUAUCUUCUCCAAGGCAAGGAGAGCUCUACCUGGCUCUCUGUCGCCCGGAGGAAAAACCAGGAACAGCGAGAGGAUCGACUGAAGGAGCUGAGAAGCCAACGAUCCAACUGGCGCAAGAGCCCCUCAGAGCACCUCGUAUCUAAGCGGGCGGUCCAUCUGAAAAUCUUACUGGAAGGAACGGGACUCUAUCAUGAGAACAGGCGCAGUGAUAUGAGGGGUGGACAUAACUUCACAGACAACCAAGUCUCAGCGUGUGUGUUGGCCGAUCUACAGCAGAAACAAUCCCAAGAAGUAGAGAGUGUACUUGUUGAGAUGCAGACCAUGACGGCUGAAGUUUUAAAGGAACUGUGGAAACGAGAACAUAGAGCCAGGGUUGAAGAAUGGCUAGACAAUGUUUCAUCGGUCCUUCUCUCAACCUUUGAACUCAGCGCUGAAGAGCAGGAAUUGGUGCAAGCUUUAGAAGAUAAAUACGAUGUUUUGAGGGAUAAGAUGUUGACAGAGCUACUGAUGAAGGAGUUUGGGGAGUCUGCUUGGCGAUCGAUGUCUGAACAGGAACGACAACGUCUCUUGAUGAAGAAGAAACUUGAGGAGAGACGUUUGAGACGAGAGGGGAAGAUGGAUGAGCUGUCUCGUCUCCUAGGGGACUCUGAGAAGGACAGCAAACGUCUCCAGAAGCUAAUGGGGAAGAAUCGUGAAGAGUAUGAGAAGCAGUUGGCAGCUCGUUUAGCUCGAAGGGAACGUCGUCGCGCCAUGGGGCUGGACUCAGAUGACUCUGAAGAUGAUUCUGAUUCUGAUGAUGCUGGGGGUAGCAGCACCAACAUCUUCAAGGACCUCCAGGGUCGUUUCGACGAUGACAUGGACGCUCUGAUGGCAAUGCUUCGUCAACAGCAAGGUCGUGAGAUGAGCGAGAAGGAGCGUCAAGCUCUUCUCCUGCGACUGAGGCGAGAGAAGAGACGAGCGGCGAUGGAGGAUAACUUUGAUGAAGCUGCUCUCCUUCUCGGACUGUCCGAGAGAAACAGACUCAACAUGGAAGAGAAAAUGAAGGCAGACCGAGAGCGUCAGUUACUUCUCGCGAAGGAGCGUUUGGCAAACCGUAGACGUCGUAAAGCCAAUGGUGAAGAGGAGAACCAGAACUAUGAAGAGUCUCCCACACCUGCUGAUGGGGAUAUGGAAGGCUGGCGUGAAUCCGUCUUGACGGAGAUGGAGAGCAAACACGUUCGUGAGAGAGAACUCCUCCUGAGCAUCUUGACUGACGAAGGUAGCGAUGACUUGAGGGAAGCUGCCAAUAUGAUGGCACAGGGACCGAGGCAAGAAAGACUUCAGGAUCUUAAAGAUGCAGCGGAGAAACUCAACCCUGACCGCAAAGAGGAGAGCGAGGGACGGAGAGAUAUCCUUGAGGAGGCCGGAGCCAUCAAGAGCGUCUUGAGAAGGAUGAGCCUGAAGAGGAAGAGUCAAGGACAAGAGGUCGUCGUUGAUCAAGUCAUUACGAGUCUCCUUGCGGACCUUCAGGAGGAACAAGAGAAGGAGAGCGAGGUGAUCUUGUCCGGCCUCGUGGAAAUGAGCGAGGAGGAGUUGUCCAAGCUACGUUUGAAGCAGGUCUGGGAAGCCAAAGCAAACAUCGGCAAGAAUCUGCUCCUUGUCUUCACUCAGUACGAAGGAGCCGCAGAGGAUGAUGACAUCUUGAAGGCCCUCGAUAAGAAGUACGACACCUUAAAGGACAAGCUCCUUGUAGACGUCUUGAGGAAUCAGCUUGGGGAAGCAGAAUGGGCCAGGAUGAACGAGCAAGACAGACAGAAGAAACUCUUGGAGCUGAAACGAGAAGAGAUGAAAUUACGUAAAGAAGGUAAGAUGGACCUACUCGCUGUACUCCUGAGCGAUAAUGACAAGGCCGAGACAGAUCUACGGAAACUGAUGGGAGACAGUCGGCAGGACUAUGAGGAAAAACUAAGAAAGAGAAUGGAGAAAAGGAGGAAGAGGAUCAGUGAAGGAGGAAAUCUUGAUGACAUGGAUAAAGAGUUAUCCGAAGAUGAAUCCGACCCGUCCGAAGCGUCCAAUCCUCUGGAUGACCUCCAGAAGCGCUACGACAACGAGCGCGAGGUCCUCGUGAUGAGACUGAACAGCACGGACGCUGAGUACCUCAGCGAGAAGGAACGGCAGGCAGAGCUGAUGAGACUCAGGCUGGAGCUACGCAUGGCAAGGGGAGAGCAGAACUUCAUGGCAGCGGCGCUUGCCAUUGGGCUGGCCGAGCGGAACCAAACUGCCGCAUCAGAGAGAUUGAAGAAUGACAGAAAGAGGCAAGAGAUUUUAGCGAAGCAGCGAAUCGAGGCGAUGAGAAAGAGACGAGCUAUGGGAACAAUCCAAGAGGAAUCAAGUGACAUCGUCACGGACAAUGAUGAUAGAAAUUCCAUGCAGGACGCAGUCAUCCGCUCUAUAGAGAAGAAACAUCGUCUUGAGAGAGAGGCUUUGUUUGAACUCCUCCAGAAGGAGUACGGUGAAGAUGACGUGUUGAUAGCCGAGAACAUGACCCCAGAGCAGCGGCAAGAAGUCCUACAAAAGCUGAUGGAGAAACGGCGAAACAUGGAUAUAGGCGAUAAAACAGAGCAUCGAGCUUUGCUUGGGGAGGCAUCCGUAGUCAAGACAGCGGGACGGACACAUCUGCUGCAGAAGGAAUCUAAAGAUGUUACUAUAAAUAGAGAUGAUGUCAUCGUUACCAUCAUGGCUGACUUGCAGCAGCAACAGGCUAAAGAAUGUGAAGCAGUGUGUAGUCUCUUACCAGAUAAGGAUUUAAAGUCCCUGGUCCACGUGCAGCAGCAAAACAUUGAGGAUCAGAAGAAGGAACGCAACGAGAAUGUUGCUGUUGUGCUGACCACGGCGGACCUGAGCAAGAAGGCUGGUGAGGAAGAGCUAGUGGACGCCCUGCAAGGAAAGUUUGACGCUCUAAAAGAUCAGAUUCUGGCAGAGGCACUGAUGAACCAGAUCGGUGAAGCAGAGUGGGCGCGUCUCUCUGAGAAAGAGCGGCAGGUUCGUCUGAUCAAACUGCGACUGGAGGAACGCCGUCUCCGUAAAGACGGCAAGUAUGAUGAGGCGGCAGCAUUGCUGGGUGAUGCCAUUGCUUCCCAGAAUGCACUGGAACUGUUGCUAGGGGAUACCAAGAAGCAACAGGAGGAGAAGUUGAAGGAGAGGCUUGAGAAAAGGAAGCAGAGAAUGGCACAGGGCAUGAGCAAGGAGGAGGCAGACCGUCUUGAGCAGGAGGAGAUCGAACAAGAAGAGGAAGAACUGAGAAAGAACAAGCCAAAGAAUAUUCUAGAUCAGCUUGACAAUCGCCUUGAUGCGGAGAGAGAUGCUCUUCUCGCCAGUAUGAGAGAUGCCAACGACCGCCUCAUGAGCGAGAAAGAGCGUCAGCGGGAGUUGGCUCGUCUUAGGAGAGAUCAGAGGAAGGCAAGAAGGGAGCACAAGUUUGAUGCAGCGGCCUUGGCGAUGGGGUUGACCAAACAGGCUCAAGAUGCUGAAGACUUACACGAGAAGGAGAGGCGAAGGCAGGAGCAGCUUGCCCGAGAGCGGCUCGCCCAGCGUCGUAAGAGCAAGGAGGAGAGGAUGAGAGCAAGGGACGCCCAGGGUCCUAUCCCACUCCCUGAAGAUGAAGACAAUGAUGUAGCUAUGCAAGAGGUUGUGGUGCAGGAGAUGGAGGUGAAACAUGAAGCAGAGAGAGAUCUCCUUAUUGAGCUGAUGCAGGGGCAAGAGAACAGCAGCUAUCGCUCCAACGCUAAGCAGAUGACGGAAGACAAUCGUCAGAAGAGACUGAAAGAACUGAAGGGAGCACGCCAGGAAUGGAGAGACAGCGGCCCCACUAAGGAGAAUAUGAAAGACCAAAUUGAUAUAUUUAAUAAAGCUACAUCUCUGACGUUAGAGAGCCAUCUUGACGAUGAGAGGAAGAUCAAAGGAGACGCAGCGAAAGAGGGCGACAUUCAGGUAGCCCUACUGGCCAACCUGCAAGAACAGCAAGAGAAUGAAGCCGCACUUCUCCUAAAUGACCUCGGGUCAAAGUCCGCUACUACCCUGAAGCAAUUGAAGCAGGUACAGUUCAUCGCUAGGACCAAUGGUUGGAACGACAACGUCGCCGGGACGGUGCUGGUCACUAAGUCUGACUCAUCGGAGGUCACUGAAGAGCAACUCAUUAAAGCCCUUGAGGUCAAGUACGACACUCUCAGGGAUAAACUACUCAGUGAGGCCCUAAUGAAGCAAGUCGGGGAAGCAGACUGGGCUCGCCUGUCUGAGAGGGAGCGCCAAGCCAAACUGAUGAAGCUGAAGCUACAAGAGCGGAAGCUGAGACAAGAAGGGAAGUAUGAUGAGGCAUCUGCACUGCUCAGCCAAGGGAUCAAAGAUCAACAAGAGCUUGCCAAGCUCCUCGGCAGCACCAAAUCCGAGCAGGAGGAGCGUCUGAAACGGCGUCUUGAGCGUAGAAAGGUGCUGAAGGAGGAGAGGGCUAAGGAGGGUCUCUCCAUCGACGAUGAGACCCUCGAUGAGAUGGUUGAGAAAGAGGAGAAGAGACGAGACUUCCUGGAGGAGCGGAAGAAAAAAAGGAAUGUCCUAGAGGACUUGAACUCCCACUUUGAAGAUGAGCGAGAGGCACUUCUGGCAGCCUUGAGGGGCCAAGACGCCAGCCUGAACAGUGAGAGGGAACGUCAGCUAGCUCUCGCUAAGCUACGUCGUGACCAGCGCAAACUCCAGAUGGAGGAUAAGUUCGAUACGGCGGCCCUCCUCUUCAGCAUGGCGCAGCAGCAAGAGAAGAAUCGCGAUGCAAAUUUGAAGAAAGAUCAUGAGCGCCAGAAGAUCCUUGCUCGGGAGCGAAUUGCAAACUUGAGGAAAAAGAAGAUGGAGUCUCAUGCAAAGACGACGUCCGAUAUGAGCCAGGAGGACCUGGUGGAGAGAUUGCGUCUUGAGGAGGAAGAGAAUGCUAAGGUGGAUGCAGUGGCCUUCACUCAGAAAGAUGACGGUGUUGCGUUACACACAACCAUUUUGGAUGAGGUGGAGAAGAAACACGGCACGGAGAGAGACGUCUUACUGGAGCUGGUAGAGGAAGCUAAGAGGAACACAGAGGAAGUCUCAAGGGUGUCGCAACUUACUGAUGAGGAACUGAUUAGUGAGCUGAGGAUUGCCUCAACCAGCUGGGACGAGCGGGAGAAACUGGCUCGAACCAUCAGCAGUGGGAAUCUAGACGCCAUCGCUGAGUUACAACGACAGAAGAGACAGGCUCUUAGAGGUGCUCUUCUCCUCAAGAUGGAAGACCAGCGUCGUAGCUUGAGCAUAACGACAAAGCUACAAUCAAUUGAGGAGAUUAUUGAAGAGGUGUCGGUAACGUUGCUGGCCGAGCUCCAACAGAAGCAGACGUCUGAGAAUAAAGCACUCAAUAAAAUCCUCUCAUCGCAAGAGGAUCCUGACAUGCCAAAAGCAGACGACGCCCUGAUCAAGCAGCUCAUCGCCAGUCAGCGCACGGCGAGACGAGAGUUACAGCUCAAGAACCUGGAGGCGGUGAUCUUCAGUCUCGGAAACGUCAACGAGGAAGAUGAGCUGAGGAUGGAGGAAGAGAGCAGACAAGAAGACAAACAGAUGAAGGAACUAGAAGAGAAGAUGCAACAAGAAAAACAGGAGCUUCAAGAAAAAGUAAAAGUAAAAGCUGGACAGGAGGGGAUUAAUGCAGAUGCUUUGCUGGCUGAACUGGAGGCACAACAUGCUGCUGCAAGAAAGGCAAUGCAAGAACAACUGCAGAGGCAGAAGCGCAUGAUGAGAGAGAAGCUCGCAAACAGGCGUCAGAAACAAGAGGAUAAAGAGUAUGAGGAAGAUGCGGCCCUGGCGCUGAUCCAGAACGCUGAGAAGAUGCUCAGUAAGAGAGAUGAAGAUGCCCAGAUGAUGAAAGAGAAACAAACAAGUCUGAUGAGAGAGAGGUUAGCCCAGAGGAGGAAGCAGAGACAUGAGGCUGAGCUGGCUAAGGAGGAGGAAGAGAAACAGAAACAAGAGAUUGGAGUCGAAACCAAGAAACCCAAGUCCGCCUCCGCUGCUAAGAAUACCCCUUUGCCUCCAGGGUUUGGGUUGCAGCGAGAGAAGACAGUGAUUGAUGUGGAGGUCUCGGAGGAGACGAAACAAGCCCUCUUCAAGUCACUGGUACGGGAACACACCAAGGCACAGCUCCAGGUUGAAAAAGAACAAGAGAAACAGACCGAACAGUUGAAACAACGCCUUAAGCAGCGCAAAUCCCGCUACCAAGAUGCUGCCACCAUGCUACUUGGAUUGGGUGAACGACAGAAAACAAUGGUUGAAAAGACUAACAAGGAGGAGCGCGAUCGUCAGAUCGGCAUGGUGAGAGAGCGCAUUCAGAAGGUGCGCUUUGAGCGUACACAGACGAUGAAACUCAAGAAGGACCUCAACGCCACAGCCUUCAAGGAUAUAGUACCAGCGGAGACAGAGGACAAAGAUGAGAAAAUGGCACAACUCGCUGCCAAGAUGCAGCAAAAGUUCAUGAGCGAUGAGGAAGAUAUUAGAAAGGGACACAAAAGGCUGUCACGUUACAGUAUCGUGGAAACGACCAUGCCUCCUCUGCCAUUUUUAGACGCGAUAAGAAAAAAACGGGCUGUGGCACCAGAUGACGACGACGAUGACAAUGACAUGCCAGACGCCCCUAAGACUCCUAUAAAGAAGAAACCAGUUUCCAUCGAUCACGUCCCGUCCACCAAGAAACUGGACGCCAAGGAGCGCCAGAAUCUGAUCAAGGAGAAGCUUGCCAAGAGGAAGAUCAACCGCAGAGGAAGUAGUCUGGUAGCCGCGGCCGAUAUGGACACCCUGUCUCAUAUGAUACAGCAGAGGAAAGCUGAAGGACCUGAUGAAUUGGCGGAGGAACUUACAAUGUCUUGAGGAGAACACCAUUCUCAUCCUGCAUCUUCAAGCUUUCUUACAUGUACAGGGGCCGAUUUCACAAGGAGCUUGAAAAGCGUUUGAAACCGUUUGAUAUGAAAUGCAUA